AUGUGGUUAACCGGGACCAAGUCUGGCUGCGGCGGAGGAGGCUGCGGGGCGUGCACGGUCAUGGUGUCGCGCUACCAACCUGCCACCAAAACCAUCAGCCACUUCUCGGCCACCGCCUGCCUGCUGCCGCUGUGUCAGCUCCACGGAGCCGCCGUCACCACGGUGGAGGGCAUCGGCAGCACCAAGACCAGGAUCCACCCCGUGCAGGAGCGCAUCGCCAAGGCUCACGGUUCUCAGUGCGGCUUCUGCACGCCGGGCAUGGUGAUGUCUGUUUACACCCUGCUGAGGAACAAACCGCAGCCCAGCAUGGACGACAUCAUGCAGGCGCUGGCUGGUAACAUGUGCCGCUGCACCGGGUAUCGAGCCAUCGUGGACGGCUGCAGGACCUUCUGUCAGGAAUCCAACUGCUGCCAGGCCAAUGGUGAUGGAAACUGCUGCCUGAAUGGGGAGAAAGACUCGGAUAAACCUGAACCAGAAAAGCUUCAGCUCUUCAACAAAGAGGAUUUUCUGCCUCUGGAUCCCACUCAGGAGCUGAUCUUCCCUCCGGAGCUGAUCCUGAUGGCGGAGGCGGCGGCGGCGCCGCAGACGCUGUGGUUUCGCGGAGAGAGGGUGAAGUGGGUGUCUCCCGCCUCGCUGGAGGAGCUGGUGCAGCUGAAGAGCCGACACCCCGAGGCCCCGCUGGUGAUGGGAAACACCAACGUCGGUCCCGACAUGAAGUUCAAAGGCGUCCGACACCCGCUGCUGAUCUCCCCUGCCAGGGUCAGGGAGCUGUUCCAGGUCUCGGAGACGCCGCAGGGCGUCUGGGUGGGAGCCGGCUGCAGCCUUGCCGAGGUCCAGCGGCUGCUGGAGUCGCUGGUUCCUCGCUUCCCCGAGGAGAAGACCGAGGUGUUCAGAGCCCUGAGGCAGCAGCUGGGGAACCUGGCGAGUCAGCAGAUCCGAAACGUGGCUUCUCUCGGAGGAAACGUUGCGAGUGCGUACCCAAACUCAGACCUGAACCCUGUCCUGGCAGCCGGAACGUGCCGAGUCAGCGUCAUCUCCACCGGAGGACGUCGAGAGAUUCCCCUGGAUCAGGACUUCUUUGUCGGGUUUGGAAAAACCGUCCUGAAGCCAGAGGACAUCGUCUUGGCUGUUUUCAUCCCAUUUUCCAGAAAGGGGGAGUUUGUGCGAGCGUUCCGUCAGGCGCCCAGGAAGGAGCACUCUUUCGCCACCGUGACCACGGGCAUGAGGGUGGCCUUCUCCGAGGGGUCCAAUGUGGUUCAGGACGUCAGUCUGUACUACGGAGGGAUGGGACCGACCACCGUGAGCGCCCCCAAGACGUGCGCCGCCAUCACCGGGAGACCGUGGGACGAUGAGACCCUCAGCCGCGCCUACGACGUCCUGCUGGACGAACUGGUCCUCCCGCCGUCGGCUCCUGGCGGGAAGGUGGAGUUCCGCCGCUCUCUCACUCUCAGCCUGCUCUUCAAGUUCAACCUGGAGGUCCUGCUCAAGCUCAGAGAGAUGAGCUUGAUCACAGAGGCAGUCCCGGAGAAGAUGGAGCCGUUACCCAGAGACAUCCUCCCCGGCGUGCAGCAGUUCCAGGCCGUUUCAGAAGAUCAGAGCGAGCAGGACCCGGUGGGCCGUCCCAUCAUGCACCGCUCCGCCAUCAGCCAGACCACCGGCGAGGCCGUGUACGUCGACGACCUCCCCAAGGUGGACGGCGAGCUCUUCAUGGUGCUGGUCACCAGCUCCCGAGCGCACGCCAAGAUCACCGGCGUGGACGUGAGCGCGGCGCUGCAGCUGCCCGGCGUGGUGGACGUCAUCACCGCUAAGGACAUCCCGGGGAGGAAGGUCUUCGCGAUGAUGGCGUAUGAAGAGCAGCUGCUCGCUGAGGACGAGGUCAGUGACCUUCUGUUUAUUCUGAACUUCUUAACCUUCCCAGGUCUUCACGUUGAGUGUCUCCCCCCUCCCCCCACCCCCGCUGCUUGUCUGCAGGUAUCGUGCAUUGGUCACAUGGUGGGUGCGGUGCUCGCCGACACAAGGGCGAACGCCAAGCGAGGAGCGGCGGCGGUGAAGAUCACCUACGAAGACCUGCCGGACCCCAUUUUCACCAUCAAGGACGCCGUGGAGAAGUCGUCCUUCUACGAGCCUCGGAGGCUGAUCGAACGAGGGAACGUGAGCGAAGCUUUUAAAGAAGCGGAUCAGGUUUAUGAAGGAGAGAUCCGGAUGGGCGGGCAGGAGCAUUUCUACAUGGAGACGCAGAGCAUGCUGGUCGUUCCCGUCGGCGAGGAGAUGGAGUUCAACGUCUACAUCUCCUCUCAGUGGCCGGCCCUCACUCAGAGUGCGGUGGCGGAGACGUUGGGCGUCCCGUCCAACAGAGUGACCUGUCACAUCAAGAGGAUCGGAGGCGCCUUCGGAGGGAAGGUCACCAAAACUACCAUCUUGGCUUGUAUCACCUCUGUGGCUGCAUGGAAGAGCGGUCGAGCCGUCCGCUGUGUCCUGGAGCGAGGCGACGACAUGCUGAUCACCGGCGGGCGACACCCGGUGGAGGCAAAAUACAAGGUGGGUUUCAUGAACGACGGGCGGAUCGUGGCUGCAGACCUGCAGUAUUUCUCUAACAGUGGAAACUCUGUUGAUGAGUCUGUUCUGAUCAUGGAGAAGAUUUUGCUCCACAUGGAUAACGUCUACAACAUCCCCAACCUGCGGGGCCGCGGCGCCGCCUGCAGGACCAACCUGCCGUCCAACACGGCCUUCAGGGGCUUCGGCGUGCCGCAGAGUCUGCUGGUGGUGGAGAACAUGCUGAACGACGUGGCGAUGCUGCUGGGCCGCCCCACCGACCAGAUCCGGGAGAUGAACAUGUACAGAGGGCCGUCGAUCACCCACUACAAGUUCCAGUUCAACCCGGGCAACAUGCACCGCUGCUGGGAAGAGUGUAAGUUGAGGAGCGAGUACGACGCCCGGCGCAGCGCCAUAGAGCAGUUCAACCUGGAGCGCCAGUGGAAGAAGAGGGGCAUGUCCAUCGUCCCCAUCAAGUACGGGGUCGCCUUCGCAGAGGGCUUCAUGAACCGGGGCGCAGCUCUGGUCCACAUCUACAAAGACGGCUCGGUUCUGGUCACUCAUGGAGGCGCCGAGAUGGGUCAGGGAAUCCACACCAAGGUGCAGCAGGUGGCGAGUCGGGAGCUUCACAUCCCACUUUCAAAGAUCUACAUCAGUGAAACCAGCACCGCCACCGUGCCCAACACCUCCAAUUCCGCCGCGUCCUACGGCACCGAUGCCAACGGCAUGGCGGUCAAGAUCGCCACUGAGACUCUGUACAAACGACUGGAGCCCAUCAGGCAGAAGGACCCCAAAGGAUCAUGGGAGAGCUGGAUCACUGCAGCUUAUUUUGAGAAGAUCAAUCUGUCAGCCACUGGACACUACAGAGGUCACGACCUUUACAUGGACUGGGAGAAGAUGAAGGGUCAGCCGUACGCCUACUACACCUACGGAGUGGCGUGCAGCGAGGUGGAGCUGGACUGCCUGACGGGAGACUACAGGACGGUGAGGACCGACGUGGUGGUGGACAUGGGACGCAGCGUGAACCCGUCUGUGGACAUCGGACAGAUCGAGGGAGCCUUCAUGCAGGGUUUGGGUCUCUAUACCAUGGAGGAGCUCAAGUUUUCCCCCUCGGGGCUCCUGUACACUCGAGGUCCGUCUCAGUAUAAAAUCCCGGCGGUGUGCGACAUGCCGCUCCAGUUCAACAUCUGCCUGCUGCCGGACAGUGAGAACGGCCGGAAGACGCCCUGA